AUGCGAGAUCUUGACGACAAUACGUACAAGAAAUACAUAAAGAUGAUAACUAAUAUAGUUAUAUUGAGCCUGAUCAUUUGCAUUUCUUCAGCUUUCUGGAUUAUGUCUAUGACUGCAAGCACUUAUUAUGGUAACUUUCAGCCUGUUUCUCCUUGGCGUUGGCUGUUUUCUGUUGUUGUUCCUGUUUUGAUCGUCUCUAAUGGGUUUAAGAAGAAAAGUCUAGAUCACAGUGGGGCUUUAGGAGGGCUCGUGGUUGGAUUUAUCCUAACCAUUGCAAAUUUCAGCUUUUUCACCUCUUUGGUGAUGUUUUUUCUUACUUCCUCAAAACUUACUAAAUGGAAGGGAGAAGCAAAGAAACGUCUAGAUUCAGAAUACAAGGAAGGUGGGCAGAGGAACUGGAUCCAGGUGUUCUGCAAUGGGGCCGUGCCCACGGAGCUGGCCCUGCUGUACAUGAUAGAAAGUGGCCCUGGGGAGAUCCCGAUAGACUUCUCCAGACAGCACACUGCCUCCUGGAUGUGUUUGUCUCUCUUGGCUGCGCUGGCCGGCUCCGCUGGAGACACGUGGGCUUCAGAGGUGGGCCCUGUGCUGAGUAAGAGCACGCCAAGGCUGAUAACGACCUGGGAGAAAGUUCCAGUUGGGACCAAUGGAGGAGUGACGAUGGUGGGCCUUGCCUCCAGUCUUCUUGGUGGGACCUUUGUAGGCAUCGCUUACUUCCUCACACAGUUGGUUUUUGUUAACGAUUUAGACAUUUCUGCUCCCCAGUGGCCAAUUAUCGCAUUUGGGGGUCUGGCUGGACUACUAGGAUCAAUUGUGGAUUCAUAUUUAGGAGCUACCAUGCAAUUUAGUGGUUUGGAUGAAAGCACUGGCAUGGUGGUCAACAGCCCAGGGAAGGAGGUGAAGUACAUAGCAGGGAAACCCAUUCUCGACAACAAUGCCGUGAAUCUUUUUUCUUCUGUCCUCGUAGCUCUCUUGCUCCCAACAGCUGCUUGGGGUUUUUGGCCUAGAUAG